AUGCAUCUAAAAGAGCUUGCCUGCUGCCCUGCCCCACCAUAAGGUCACUCUAGGGUGUCGGGUUCCAGCUCAUCAGGACUGCAGGCAGGCUGCAAUCGACACGGAAAUUUUGAUUGCUAGCUCUCAGCCUUGCGAUCUUGCUACAUACGGCGACGAUAUACUCGGUACCAUCCUGCAAAGCACGAAACCGACGACUACGGGCGCGAUAACAUACACGAGCUACUGUAGCCAACGAGUUGCCAGGUAAGAGGAGACGCAAGCUCCUUGACCGCCCCAAGAUGAGGCUCACGGUCGAGCUCCUCCAGGAAACCCCCUCGUGGCUCAACGCGCUGAAAGAGCGCGAGCUGGACCUCCGAGGACACAGAAUUCCGGCCAUUGAAAACUUGGGUGUUGCCGGUCCGCAAGACGCCAUAGACUUGGUCGACAAUGACAUCCAGGUGCUGGGCAACUUCCCGCUGAGCCCGAGAAUACGCACGCUGCUUCUCGCUCGCAACCGCAUCGCCACGAUACAACCAACACUGUCUAAUUCGAUCCCGCUGCUCACGAAUCUGCAACUAGAGAGCAAUGACCUGAAGGAGCUGGCCGAUCUCGACCCGCUGAGUCCCUUCCCCAACUUGACUCACCUGGUCUUGAAGGAUAACCCCGUGACGAAGAAAGAGCACUACCGCUACUGGGUUCUAUGGCGAUGCGGCGCCGUACGCUUCCUCGAUUACCAGAAGGUGAAGCAGGCCGAGCGCGAACGAGCCGCCGAGCUCUUUGGAACCGCCCAGGAGCCGACAGACCUCGCCAAGACCAUCGUGGGCAUCAAAUCCAGCGCAACGUUUGACGUUUCUUCCGCCUCCAAUGGGUCGACUGGUGGUCUCUCGUCUAGGAUGUCGAGAAUCAAGCUCACGGACAAGGAGAAGAAGCGGUUGCAGGACCUGAUCAGGAACGCCACGAGCCUGGACGAGAUUACGAGAUUGGAGACGAUGCUCAAGGAGGGUAGGAUGCCUGCUGGUGUUCACAUCAAUGACGAUAUGGAGGAGUAAAGAGGGGGAUCACGGGCCAGAAUCGAGCAUAUACCUCAAAACUCAAUGAGAAUAGGAAUGGCAUAUCGUGCACUCAUGCUGAGCUAGAGACAAAACGAGCAUCUGAACGAAUAAAAACCCCCACGAAGACGGGGC